AGUAUCUGAAAAGCAUCUUCCUUCCUUUUGCGGCGGCUGGUUUCUUUGUGGCACGAAUCGUCAUUGUUUCUUCAAAUAAUUUCAAAAACCGACAGUUAGGGUUUUUAUUUUGGCCAGCCAUUGUAAGAUGCUUCUUUCGCAGCCUUAUUUCCAGCAAUGCGCCACCGCAUAUAUACCCGCCUUCUCAAUCUCAUGUCCUCACUCAUUCUACGUAUCGGUUUCUAAACGUAGCUUCAUAUCUUGUUGCUCCUCGCAGCUCCAAACGGCUGUCGUUAACGGAACACUCGAUAGUAAAAUAGCUGAAAGGGAUGAAAUUCGUCUCGGCUUGCCUAGCAAAGGUCGCAUGGCUGCUGACACUCUCGAUCUACUCAAGGAUUGCCAAUUGUCAGUUAAGCAAGUCAAUCCGAGGCAGUAUGUUGCGCAAAUACCUCAGCUUUCCAAUGUAGAAGUCUGGUUUCAGCGGCCCAAAGACAUUGUCCGCAAAUUGCUAUCUGGAGAUUUAGAUCUUGGUAUCGUGGGGCUUGAUACUGUCAGUGAAUAUGGACAAGGUAAUGAAGAUCUUAUUAUUGUUCAUGAUGCCCUUGACUACGGUGACUGUCGUUUAUCCCUUGCAAUUCCCAAAUAUGGGAUCUUUGAGAAUAUCGAUUCACUGAGGAAACUAGCUGAGAUGCCUCAGUGGAACAUUGAGAAACCUUUAAGAGUUUCUACUGGCUUCACUUAUCUUGGUCCUAAAUUUAUGAAAGAAAAUGGACUGAGGCAUGUGACAUUUUCAACUGCUGAUGGAGCCUUAGAGGCUGCUCCUGCUAUGGGAAUAGCUGAUGCAAUUUUGGACCUUGUUAGUAGUGGGACAACACUUACGGAAAACAAUUUGAAAGAAAUUGAAGGUGGAGUUGUAUUGGAAAGCCAGGCUGUCCUUGUUGCAAGCCGAAAGGCAUUAAUCCAGCGGAAAGGUGCACUGGACACGACACAUGAGAUUCUUGAAAGAUUUGAGGCUCAUUUGAGGGCUCUCGGUCAGUUCACGGUAACUGCAAAUAUGAGGGGCAGUAGUGCAGAGGAAGUGGCUGAGCGAGUUUUGAGCCAACCAUCUUUAGCUGGGUUGCAGGGGCCCACAGUAUGUCCCGUGUUUUGUAAGUGUGAUGGAAAAGUAGCUGCUGACUACUAUGCCAUAGUGAUAUGUGUAGCGAAGAAAGCUCUGUACAAGUCUGUGCAACAGUUGAGAGCGAUCGGAGGCAGUGGGGUGCUAAUAUCGCCACUGACCUACAUUUUUGAUGAAGAGACCCCGAGAUGGAGAGAACUUCUUUCAAAGCUUAGCAUGUAGUCCUUUGGGAUUGAUGCAUGGGUGAUUUACUUGCAUUUCAUAUAAAAGCUGAAUAACUUUUGAAAUCUCAAAGUAUCAAGGGGGGGUUGAAGAAUUACUUUUGGCGAUAGAUGGGACCUCCUAAGUUUUGUCAUGGCGUCACGUGAUGGAUGUAAACUGUUGGUUUCCAUGU